UUGCGGUAGAGUCUGAUUCAGCACAUACGAAAACAAUGGCGUCUGCUGGGCUUCAAGUUUUGGCUACCGCACUAGCAGUUAUUGGCUGGUUGGGCACUAUUAUAAUUUGCGCGCUCCCUAUGUGGAAAGUGACGGCGUUUAUUGGCAAUAACAUCGUGACGGCGCAGACGUUCUGGGAAGGCCUCUGGAUGAACUGCGUACAACAGAGCACGGGUCAAAUGCAGUGCAAGGUCUACGAUUCCAUGCUCGCGCUUCCUCAGGAUCUCCAGGCUGCGCGCGCUCUUGUGAUCAUCUCCAUCCUCGUGGCCCUUUUGGGAAUGCUGCUGGCCGUCGCAGGAGGCAAGUGCACUAACUGCAUAGAAGACAGAGACGCGAAGGCCAAAGUGUGUGUUGCGGCCGGUGUGUUCUUCAUGGUGGCUGGCGUCCUGUGUCUGAUCCCGGUGUGUUGGUGCGCAAAUGCUGUCAUCAGAGAUUUCUACAAUCCCAUUUUGUCCGAGGCUCAAAAGCGGGAACUUGGAGCAAUGGCAUCUGCUGGACUUCAAAUCUUGGCUACCGCACUCGCAGUUAUUGGCUGGUUGGGCACUAUUAUAAUUUGCGCGCUUCCUAUGUGGAAAGUGACGGCGUUUAUUGGCAAUAACAUCGUGACGGCUCAGAUCUUCUGGGAAGGCCUCUGGAUGAACUGCGUACAACAGAGCACGGGUCAAAUGCAGUGCAAGGUCUACGAUUCCAUGCUCGCGCUUCCUCAGGAUCUCCAGGCUGCGCGCGCUCUUGUGGUCAUCUCCAUCCUCGUGGCCCUUUUGGGAAUGCUGCUGGCCGUCGCAGGAGGCAAGUGCACCAACUGCAUUGAAGACGGAGACGCGAAGGCCAAAGUGUGUGUUGCGGCCGGUGUGUUCUUCGUGGUGGCUGCUGUCCUGUGUCUGAUCCCGGUUUGCUGGUGCGCAAAUGCUGUCAUCAGAGAUUUCUACAAUCCCAUUGUGACCGAGGCACAAAAGCGGGAACUGGGAGCAUCACUGUUCAUCGGAUGGGGAGCUUCCGGUCUUCUGCUUAUUGGAGGAGCACUUCUUUGUUGCCAGUGCCCCAAGAAUGAGGAUCGUGGUUAUUCUGUCAAAUACUCCGCUCCAAGGUCAGCAGCCAACGGUGGCGCAUAUGUGUGACUAUCAGACUUCUGAACAGUAAUGUUUAAUCUUCCUGCUUGUGAAGGAAGAGAUGAAAUUGUAUUUUGCUGAUUUUUGCUGAACUUUUUUUUCAGUUUGUCAUAAUCCUAUGAAUCAUUUUAAUAGUUCAGAAAUUCUUUAUGCCAUGUACAUUUUUAAAUAAAUAUUUUUAACAUAA